UCUCCUUCUUUGCGCUCAGUAACUUUGUACAGAGGGAUGCGGUCGAACGGCGCUGCCUGAAAAUGGCACUCCUAUGGAUUUAUCCUUCCCUUCUGACUCUACAUCUCUUUUCCACAAGUCAGACGUUAAGGACUUAUCCAGAAAAUGAAGUGACACUACUGGACUCUAUGUCAGCGCUAGGGGACCUAGGCUGGGUGGCUUAUCCAUCGGAAGGGUGGGAAGAAAUCAGUGUAAUGGAUGAACGGAACACCCCCAUGCGCACUUAUCAAGUAUGUAACGUUAUGGAAGCCAAUCAGAAUAACUGGCUGCGCACUAGCUGGAUUCCCCGUGAUGGUGCACAGCGUGUUUAUGUUGAAAUUAAAUUUACUCUGCGUGACUGUAACAGCCUUCCUGGAGUUCCGGGCACGUGCAAAGAAACUUUUAACAUGUAUUAUUAUGAGUCAAACAACAGUAACCUUUGGAUAAUUAAAGAGAACCAAUAUGUCAAGAUAGACACAAUUGCAGCCGAUGAGAGUUUCACCCAGGUGGAUGUUGGAGACAGAGUGAUGAAGUUGAACACAGAGGUACGGGAUAUUGGCCUUUUGAGCAAAAGAGGAUUCUACUUGGCCUUUCAGGAUGUUGGGGCUUGCAUUGCUCUAGUUUCAGUUCGUGUUUUCUAUAAGAGGUGUCCUCUCACAGUUCGCAAUUUAGCCCAGUUUCCUAACACAGUCACAGGAGGUGACUCAGCUUUGGUGGAGGUUCAUGGUUCUUGUGUUAACAAUUCAGAGGAGUUUGAGAACCCAAAAAUGUACUGUAGUGCUGAUGGCGGCUGGCUUGUACCUAUUGGUCGAUGUAUCUGCAAGCCUGGAUUUGAGGAGUGGAAGGAUAUAUGUCAAUCAUGUCGACCUGGCUUUUACAAAUCUUUGGCAAUGGAUGCCUACUGCAUGAAAUGCCCACCUUACAGCUACUCAGACAAGGAGGGUGCUUCAGAGUGUGUCUGUGAGAAAGGAUACUACAGAGCUGAAACGGAUCCCAAGUCAAUGGCCUGCACACGACCUCCAUCUGCUCCAGAAAACCCCAUCUCUGUUAUUAAUGAGACAUCAGUGAUUCUGGAAUGGAGCCCACCCCGUGAAAAUGGAGGUCGAGGUGAUGUUACAUACAACAUAAAUUGUAGAAAGUGUCCAUCUGAGGGAAGAAUGUGUAAUCCAUGUGGAAGUGGUCUUCACUUCAUCCCACGCCAAUCUGGGCUAAUCUACACAAAAGUUCUUAUCACAGAUCUGCAACCACAUACCAAUUAUAUAUUUGACAUUGAGGCAGUUAAUGGAGUUUCAGACCUGAGCACUAACCCACGGCAGUACAUUUCUGAGAAUGUCACCACCAGCCAAGCAGUGAACGUCAUUCUAAAAGAGAGGAAAAGUAAAGACAGCAUCACAUUAGCCUGGCAAGGACCAGAAAGGACUAAUGGGGCAAUUGUGGAAUAUGAAGUGAUCUAUUAUGAAAAGAAUCAAAGGGACCAAAAUUACACAAUAUUGAAGACGAAAUCGAAUAGUAUGAGAGUGGAUGGAUUGAAACCUGGUACUACAUAUGUGUUCAGAGUUAGGGCACGAACUGAUGGAGGCUAUGGAAAUUAUGGGGGUGAAAUUGAAUUGGAAACCAACCAUGAAGAUAUGCUUGCUAUUGGGGAUCCGAAUCAGCCCACCAUUCUAGCAGUGUCCAUCGCUGGAGGAAUAGUGCUACUUAUAUUCCUGGUGGCUUGUUUUGUUGUUAGUGGCAGGCAUUGUGGAUAUAUCAAAGCUAAGCAAGAUCCAGAUGAAGAAAAAAUGCAGUUUCAACAUGGAAGAGUGAAGCUGCCAGGAAGCAGGACUUACAUACACCCACAUACUUAUGAGGACCCCAAUCAAGCAGUCCGAGAUUUUGCUAAAGAAAUUGAUGCAUCAUGCAUUCGGAUUGAGAGAGUAAUAGGAGCAGGUGAGUUUGGAGAGGUGUGCAGUGGCCGACUAAAGCUGCCUAGUAAGCGAGAGAUUUUUGUGGCCAUAAAAAGUCUAAAAGCUGGCUACUCAGAGAAACAAAGAAGAGACUUCUUGAGCGAAGCAAGCAUCAUGGGACAGUUUGAUCAUCCCAACAUUAUCCGGCUGGAGGGAGUUGUCACAAAGUGUAAACCAGUGAUGAUUAUUACAGAAUUUAUGGAGAACGGAUCAUUAGAUUCAUUCCUUAAGAAACAUGAUGGACAGUUUACAAUUAUCCAGCUAGUUGGAAUGCUGAGAGGUAUUGCUUCUGGAAUGAAAUAUCUUUCUGACAUGAACUAUGUACAUAGGGACCUUGCAGCAAGAAACAUUCUCGUCAAUGGUAAUCUUGUGUGCAAGGUCUCAGAUUUUGGUCUUUCUAGAGUGCUGGAAGAUGACCCAGAAGCUGCAUACACCACACGGGGUGGUAAAAUUCCAAUCAGAUGGACAUCUCCAGAGGCCAUUGCUUAUCGCAAAUUUACUUCAGCCAGUGACGUCUGGAGCUAUGGUAUUGUCAUGUGGGAGGUGAUUUCAUAUGGUGAACGACCAUACUGGGAAAUGUCUAACCAAGAUGUAAUAAAAGCAAUAGAUGAAGGCUAUCGAUUGCCUGCACCAAUGGACUGCCCAAUUGUUCUACACCAAUUAAUGCUAGACUGCUGGGAGAAGAGUCGAAGUGACAGGCCCAAAUUUGGCCAGAUUGUCAACACCCUGGACAAACUAAUCCGCAACCCAAGCAGCCUGAAGCAAUUAGCCAACAGUUCAGUCUGGCAAGACCCCACAACUCCAGACUUUCCUGUGAAUACAGUGGAAGACUGGCUAAAUGCUGUUAAGAUGGGACAAUACAAAGACAUCUUCAUUGCUGCUGGAUACAUUACAUUGGAUUCAGUAAUGUACCUAAGCGCCAGUGAAUUGGAUAAGAUUGGCAUCACCUUAGCUGGCCAUCAGAAGAAAAUCCUUUCAAGUAUACAGAGCCUCCAAACACAAGGACCACACCUCCAAGUAUAACAUUACCCAGCAACACAUUAUGAGUUCAUUAUGAUGUUUUGUUGCUCCUAGCUUAAAGCUUCACUGUACAGAUUGGUCUGGAUAGAACUUGUGCUUAGAACUUUGGCUUCCAUGUACUAAACAAAAAAAGAGGAAAAAAGGAGUGAAAAUGCUGAUCUAUAUUAGGUCUUGAUGAUAGUUGUGAUGGAAUUACUCAAACAUGUCACUCUUAAUGAAGUUAUUAUAUCAUGAAGUUGCAACAGACUACCUUUAACUGCUUUUGGAGGAUUAGUAUUUUCACCAUUUUUCAAUCUGCUGAAUACAUUCAGGUGAAUCAUCAUCUCUGCUCAAGAGAAGCCUACACAACUCAUCUAAAUGUCCUGCUUUGACACCUAAAUACAGUACUGCCUCACCUUCGGUCCCACUUCAGAAAGCGCCAAGACAUGGAAGUGUUCAAUUGAAUGUCCCACAAGAUGACAAUAACUGUUUGUUGGAUCACUGGCAUUUUCUGCUAGUAAAGAAAAUGUAAAUUCAGAUAUCCACCUACUUGCUAGUCUUUGGUUGGUAUUCAAUGUUGGCUUUACAGAAUGCAGCCACCAGAUGACUUUUGGUAUUAUUUGCUCAGAUGUGAAAGGUGUUUUCAUUUUAAUAGAAUAAAGUUAGUCUUUAAUUAUUAGAGAAAUGAACAGAAAGACCUAUGUAUUGUGCUUUCAGAUAAUGUUAAAGUUCUAUAUUGCUGCACAAAAUCUAACAACAGAACCAUUAAAAAAAACUUGUCUUUCACAUUUAUAUUCUAAAUCAUGCAAUAAGUUUAAAUACCAUUAAUUUACUGUUCAGUUAUUCAAACAUACAAAUGUCUCCCAGGCUCAUUAACAUUCACCUAAACUGGAAGUGAUUGUUACUGUUUUAUAUGUUAUUACAUUCCACACAUUAUUAAUGUAUAUGUAAAAAGUUUAUGUGCAAUUCCCCGCAGGUUUUUUUUUAGCACUUUGAAAUUCAUAUUUUAUUAACAUGCUAAUGCAUCAAUCGAGCCAUACACUGUUUUCAAAUCAGUUUCUAAGAUAUUUAUUCCAUCUAAUUAAAAAAAUAACGAAUGGCAAACUAUAUGCUACUUUUUCUCAUACUUGUAUACACCUUAUAGAAACUGUACAUUCUGUAUGAGUGCUGACACUGGUAUGCAAAGCAAAAGAUGAAGCAUUUAUUUUCUGGGAAGUGACUUUACACACAAUUCAACAUCGGUUUGAUUGAUACAUAGUGCUUAGUCUACAGAGUACAAAUAUAUAGUAACUGCUUUUUCUUUUAAUUAAAACUAUAUAUCAAGUAAAUGUAGGUUUGCUGAGUUUUCCAAAGUACCUUUUAACAUGUGCAGAGACUGAAAGUAUAUUUUUUUUUAUUAAACUUCUUCUGGGUUUUUACAAAUAUCGGGAGUAAUGCACAGGACAAAAUUCCACUCGUAGCGAAUUACAUACAGUAGGUUGGGUUGGGCUUUUGUAUUGACUUCCACUUUAAAUUACCUUUCUGUUUGCUAGUUUCUACACUUUCUAGGGCCAAUGAUUCUGUUUCAGUUCUGAAUUAGAGCACAGUUCCUGUUUUCAAGUAGUAUCUUUGCCUAAUUAGAUUUGCUUUUCUGUAUAUGUAUAUAUAUAUAAUAUAUACAGUAUAUAUACUGUAUAUAAAAUAUCAACUGUGGAUCCGCAGUUAUAUAAUUUAACAAUAUUUGCAUUAUUGUUGUCUUGCCGUGUCUUGUCUACCAAGAUCAAUUAGCAGAUUUAUAACCUUUAUGAAAAUAUAAGAAAAAAAACAAAACUGCAACACAGUUGAAAACUGCUUUAGGAGUCCUUGUCCGGUUUCAAGGCUGGAAACUAGGUGGAAUUCAUAUGUUCUUUCCAUUCUUGCAUUGAUAUUUCCCUGAGUUUUCCAGUUUCCCCCCAUAUCCCAAGAUAGACGGGUAAUUCCACAUUGGUGGUGUUCAGUUAAGUGUAUCCUACAAUGGACAGGGUUCUCAUUUAGCGCUGAUUUCUGCCGUAUUCCAGAAGUUGCACAAAUGAAAUGGACUUUAGCAGUGAACAGUCUAAAAAAAUGAAAGGCAUGAAAAUGUACAUAUUUUGCAAUGAAUGUCCAAUUAAAAAGUGCAUCUGAUUUAGAAUAUAGAUAUUUUAGUCAUUGUUUGACUUUAAUCCUUUUAUAAUAGCAAGGUCACACCCACUACUUUGCAAUCCUUAAAAGUCAUUUCCCUUUUAAAGUAUUAAGUAAUCUGACCAAAAUCAAGUAAAAUACAAAUGAUUCUGUGAUUUCAAAACCAAUAUUAUCUUUUAGUCAUAUAAUGGAGUAAAUGACUAUUUCAAGUUAUGUUAAAUGCAUAAAAAGGAACAAAGACAGCACACACUGUUUUGAAAAUUUCACACCUGCAUUGCUUUCCAGACCCAUGUUUAACCAGCCCAAACAGAGCAGAAGCAUAAUGGCCCCCAAAUGAAUUCUUAUUAAAUGUAUAUUUGUUGCACAGAAUUAUAUCAGAGGUUGGCACAUUCAUACUACAGCCCCAGAGUCCUGUGUUAAGAUCCAAGCCCAGGUACUAUAGUUGCAGUGCUUGCACACUCUCCCUGUAUCUGCGAGCCUAUUUCAGCUACAUGCUGCAUCCUAAUGCCAAGAAAGCUAGUUUGAUGGCGAGUAAAUAACCCUGGUGUAAUUAUGGGUGUGUGUAUGAGUAUGCCCUAUCCAAAGGUUUUUUCUGCCUUGUAGUCCAUACCACUGUGGUAAUCCCUGGCCCUCCCAUAACUCUAUGCUAGAUAAAGAGAGUUCAGAACAUAUAUGUGUGAAUUAACAUGCUCAACAGUUAACUUCAGAUUGUACUGACACUUAUAACAUUUACUGUCAAUGUACAGAUUCCUGUAGUACAUAAUUGUGCCUUUAUUUAAACAAUAUGGCUAACUGGCUAUAAAGCCUAAAUAUUUAUGUUCAUAUCUCUACAUGCAGUUGCUAUCCACAAUAAACCAAUUAUAAAACAGGUUGGUAUAAAAACCAUGAAUCUUGUUAUCUGCCUGAGUUAAUUAACUUCAUUAGAUCAUGAAAUAAGAAGCAUUAGGAAAAGGCCUAAACUUUGUAUAAAAAGAAAAAGAAAAAACAAAUGUAUUUUAAUCAGUACAAGAUGUCUGAACAAUUUAAAUUCUGUUUAUUUUUGUGUGAUGCACUUCACUGGAUGAAAGCUCAGAGCACUGUAACAAACUGAAAGACUCAAUACAUUUACUCAUCUAACAAUAUACCUAUAUGCAACAUCUAUACAAUUCAGAAAAUUUCAAUACAGAAUUAAAAGUCUCAAAGUCUGUGUAUCUGUGAACAGAAUUUACAGAAUGUCAGUUUCCAGUUAGCUUAAAUGCACAACGAGUUGAUCUAGCAGGUUAAGAAUAUUUAGGCUGUCCAGGCUUGGCAAGUUGGUUCUGAUGUGUAAAAAAUUUAAUUCUAAAUAGUCUAUUUAUAAUAAACUCUGAAAUUAGAAACAUCAACUGAUGUUCUUGUCAAACCAAGUGGCAGUCUGCAAUGUACAGUAAAUUAAUUUAACAAUGCUGUUUUACGUCUUUCACUCUUGUAUCUACUCGGGUGUGUCAGAAAAUCUCCCUAGAUAAGGUUUAUUGAAGAAUUUUUAAGGCAUUGAAAAUCACAGUAUAAAGUGACAACCCAAUGGCCACAACAUUCUAGCACAUGAUAAAUAGCUGAAAACACAGCAUGGAUGAAGUACUCACUUUCUACAUUGUGCUUUCACGAAGUUACUUUUGUACUGAGGCAGUUGCAGAAGAUUUAAAAAAGAUGUAUAAACAGUAUCUGAAAAAGUGGUACAAAAAUGACUUGGAAAAUGAAAGUUCAUGUUCAUGUUUUACAACGCAUGAUAUGCUCAGUUUAUUUUCUAGGUGCUUCUGUAUAUCUGAAACAAACAGAGUGCUGUCUUUUAUAGGCCUGACAGCACUGUGAUAUCAAUAAACUAAACAAUGGUUGUACAAUAUUGUAAAAAUGUACAGUGUUAUGAUUUAUUUUCAAUCAUGAACUUUAAUUUGAAAAAAGUAUGCUAAAUAAAAAGAAUGACCACUACCACCAAGUGAAAUGUGAAAACAGUGCAAUACAGAUGUUGCAAAUUUGUAAAGUAUGUAUGUGUUCUUUUGUUGCUUGCUUAUUUUAGUCUUGAUAUUACAAGUAUGUAUGCAUAUCUUAGCACAUCACAUCACCCACAACCAAAUAACCAGACAAGCUGCUGUUGAAAGGUACAGCUCAGCAAUUUCCUUCAUUAGAUGUCUGGUCUUGUGAUAGUCAUCAGAGAGACACGAGCUGGAACUGAUGUAAGAUUUAUUCCAUCUCUUCUGAUGUGGACCACCCUGUAUGCCACAGGAAAUUAAGCUCAUAGUAAAAUGAAUAUAACUCUGUCACUGCUUGUCCUCAUAAACAUAGUUGAUUAUGACCCCCAUGACAGUGUAAUUUAAGUAAAAACAUUAGUUAUCUACACAAAAGGCCAUUUUCCUGGUUAUUAUAAUAUUAUGUUAGAUCAGGGUGCCCAUACUUUUUCAGCU